CAAAUCGCAAAUGAAGCAGAAGACUAGAGGAAUUCGAAAAGCUCCACAAGUUAGAGAGACGGCCCAAAAUUGAAAACAAAAAAACGUUUCUCCUCUCUCCGUCCCCAAUUCUCAUAAUUUAAUUUCUUCUCUGUAGAGACUAAACCCUAGACCUUCCAAUUAACCAAUCACCCAUCCAUUUCUCUAUCUGAUCACAUCUGCUCUUCAAUCAACCAAUCAAUUUCAAGACAUGGACGACAGUUGCGCGGUGUGUGCCGAUACUCUAGAAUGGGUUGCUUACGGCGCUUGUGGCCAUCGCGACGUCUGCUCCACCUGCGUCAUUCGCCUCCGCUUCAUCUGCGGUGACAAUUCCUGCUGUAUCUGCAAAACCGAAUCCCCCGUUAUUUUCAUCACCAAGGCUUUAGGAGAUUAUACAAGGACAAUCAGUGACUUUGCUGUUUUACCAUCUGAACCGAGGGAAGGUCGAGUUGGUUCUUACUGGUAUCAUGAGGAUUCGCAAGCCUUUUUUGAUGAUUUGGAUCAGUAUAGAAUGAUAAAAGCCAUGUGCAGGCUUUCAUGCAGUGUGUGUGACAAGAUGGAGGAUGAGGGGACGACAGAUGGGCCGAAGCGUCGAGCGAGGUUUAGGAAUAUAGAGCAGUUAAAAGGUCAUUUGUUUCAUCAACAUAAGUUGCUUAUGUGUAGUCUCUGUUUGGAAGGACGGAAGAUAUUCAUAUGUGAGCAAAAGCUAUAUACUAGAGCUCAGUUGAAUCAGCAUACGAGAACAGGUGAUUCUGAAGUCGAUGGUAGUGAAAGCGAGAGAGGUGGAUUCGCUGGGCAUCCCAUGUGUGAAUUCUGCAAGACACCAUUCUAUGGUGAUAAUGAGCUGUAUUCUCAUAUGUCUACUGAACAUUUUACAUGUCAUAUAUGCCAAAGGCAGCAUCCUGGACAAUACGAGUAUUACAAGAAUUAUGAUGACCUUGAGAUUCACUUUCGCCGGGAGCAUUUCCUAUGCGAGGACGAGGCUUGUCUUGCUAAAAAGUUUGUUGUCUUUCAAGCUGAAGCAGAAAUGAAGCGACACAAUACUAUGGAGCAUGCAGGGCGUAUGUCUCGUGCUAAGCGUAGUGCUGCUCUUCAGAUACCAACUAGUUUUCAAUUUCGGCGAAAUAUUGAACAAGAUCAUCGACGAGGAAGAGGAAGGACGUCACAACGAGAUCAAUAUGAUAAUCAACUUUCUACAGCUAUACAAGCAAGUAUGGAAACAUCUCAUUCAGAAGGUGCUUCCCAUGGUCCAUCCUCAUCAUCCAGCGCACAACUAAUCUCUGAUUAUGACGAUGCAAAUGAUUUUGAUCCCUUAGUUCAGCCUUUUGAAUCAUUAACUACAACCGAUUCUGAUGCUCCUUCAAGAUAUCUUCAAGCCUUGGGGCAUGGGUCCAGGCCUUUGCAAGAAUCUUCCUUUCCUCCUCUCCUCAUGAAUACCAACAAUAGUCAACAGGCCAAACAUGAGUCGGAAGUGAUGUCGAAUAACACAAUGGCUGCACAUCUGCGACGGAAAACGAGAACUCCAACUACUUCCAGUUCAGCUCAGCCAUGGACGGCACCCAGACGUGGAAAUGCAUCUGGUAGUUCAGUGCAGUCUAGGCCUAAUCUCGUUCCUGCACCUUUGGUUUCACGAAGUCCUGCUGUUGUACCUAUCCUUUCUGGUUAUGCAAGUUCUAUUCAGUCACAAGCUCAGACACGACCUGUAGUUCAUGGACAUCUCUCUAAUAGUUCUCCAGGUAUAUUGGGAAACACCAAUAAAAUUGCCCAUUCUGCAUCAGCCCCUAAUCUUUCUGACGCUGGAUCAUCAAAACCAUCUAUUUCUGAAUUUCCUCCAGUUUCUGCCUCUCAAAUUCGCAAGAUGCCUCCGAGUAACCAGGUCUUGCUGAAAGUGGACGAUGUUCAUACUGCAAACAAAUCAUUGGUGGAAAAGAUACGGGCUGCUUUUGACCAAGAUGAGGAUAAAUAUGCUUUUUUCAAAGAAGUAUCUGCACAAUAUCGUCAGGGUUCAAUUGACACUGAAAAUUACCUACAUUUUGUACAAGAUUAUGGCCUGUCCCAUCUUGUUCUUGAGCUGGCUAGACUUUGUCCUGAUCCUCGUAAGCAAAAAGAGCUAGUUGACGCUUACAAUGCUAGUUUGAGAAGCAAUGAUGUGCAGAAGAAUGGUGUGGGUCGUGGCAGCGACCAUUCUAAAGAUAAUAACAGCACGAGGAAAGGCAAAAGGAUAGAUGGGGAAGGUAGUAGUAGUUCAAGCGAUAGAUUGGCAGAUAGCAUUAUCAGCGCUGUUCGGACACUGCAGCCAAAUUACAAGUCCUCAAAUGAAGAUGUUGAGGUGCUUUCGAAGGACGGAUACCGUGGUACUAAGGGAAAGGUGCAUGUGACAGCCGGUGAGAGACAAGUUGAGUUGAGAAGCCAAAAUGAUUCUACAUCUGAUGGGAGUGGAUCCAAUCAGAAUGUUAGGGAUGGAGGCGGCGUGAAUAAGCAACGAAAGAAAACAUCAAAAUUUCAAAGGGUGAGACUUGGUGAUGGCUCCAUGGCGGCCCUUUUGGAUCUCAAAAACUCUGGACCCGAUCCUGAUCCUGAUCCCAGCUCAGCUGUUGACCGCUCAGGUGGUAACAAUAACCCAGGUGAAGGUUUACCUGUUCGCGGAGUUUGGCGGAAAGGGGGAGGUCACAAACUAUUUCCGUAAUUGAUGAUUUUGUUUGAUGGUGUAUUGAGAAAUGAGGCCGUGAUAUUUUAAGCUUCAACAGAUGGAAGAUUCUCUAUUGGUUUGCUAGCAAAUAUGUGGCAUCACCAAAUAUCAGUUUACUCAGGUUGAUGAAUUACAAACUUUUUUGCUCUUUUUUGUUCAAAGAUUUUUUGAAAUCCUGCUUCAGGUGGGUAUGGGUUAGCCCCUUGGUCCUAGUGUUCAUAAAAGCUAUACGUGAAAAGAAGAAUAUGGGUAGUUUUAUUUUGUCUACAUUGCAGAAAUAUUGUAUUGCUUAAUUGUCUUUUACUUGAGUUCAAUGCCAUAGUAGAUAUUGGGGCUGAAGCAAAAUGAGAAUUCUGAAGCAGCAACCUCUGCAGAACGCACUCUCUGAAUGAGUAAUCUGAAUUCUGUCCUUUUUGGUUAUAUGGAUAAUAUUUUGAACUUGUGAAAGUGAAAAAUCACCCAAUUAUAAAUAAGACAUGACGAAUUUGAUGGA